AGCAAUGCCCAGCGGGCGAUGUUGGACAGUGAUAAGAUCUUCAGUGAGAUGCUGCAGGCGGUGGAGCGCUGGCAUGCUGAGGUGAGCCAGCUUAUCAAGGCCAACAUGCAGGCAGCCAUGUCACAGGCCGAGGGAUACGUGGAGCGGCUGGAGCAGGAGAUUCUGGAGCUGCAGCGCAGAGACGUCGAGCUGCGCCAGAUCCUGGACACAGAGGACAACAUCCACUUCCUACAGGUACUAGACUGGAGGGAGGAGGGACACUGGGCUGUAGGAACCAGGGUCAGUACUGAUAAUAGACUGGUAGAAAUAUGAAUCUAGCAUUGGCAUUACGAUAUGCUUUAACAGUUAGUAAUUGUUAUGUAAACAGUACAAGUACACAUAAAAUCUAUCACGUAUAACUUCACUGAUAUAUUUCUUAUUUUUGUGCUGUGUAGAACUUCCCCACGCUGUGUGUUCCUCCUGAGCCCAUGGUGCCCAAAGUCCUAAUCAACCCUCAGUUCUCCUUCGGAGAGGUCACCAAGACUGUCACCGGCAUGAAGGAGCAUCUAGAUGACAUCUGUAAGAAGGAGCUGAGCAAAAUCUCCAAGUUAGGUUAGUCUAUUAAUGCGACUAAGAUGCCUACAACACAGCUUUUGUACAGCAAGACUAUAGCAUUGCGAUAACCAACUGUAAUUUUACAUUUACAGUAAGUGAUAUCCCUGUGUACAUACUUUCACCAAGAGGUGGAGACAAACGAUUCAAAGGUACAUAUUUAUGAAGUUUACAUUGGUUUAUUAUCUGUGAAUAAAUAUCUGUUUUUAAUCUGAAUAUCUCUGGUGAUAUAAUACAUUUUUUGUUCUAAUACAGCUCCCACCAGGGCAGAUUUUCAGGAACCCAAAACUAGAGCAGACUUCUUGAGAUGUGAGUGGUCUGUCCUUGUCUGUUCUUUAUACCAACUCAAAGAAUUUCUGAUAAUGGCAAUAAAUCUAUUUUUUUCAGAUUCCUGUCCGCUCACCUUUGACCCCAACACAGCCUACAAAGAGCUGGUUCUGUCUGAGGGGAACCACAAAGUGAUGCGGAAGAAGACGGUCAAGUUUUACCCGGAUCACCCCGAACGCUUCGAUGGCUUCUCCCAGGUUCUAUGCAGAGAGUGCCUGGGUGGGUUCAGGUACUACUGGGAAGCAGAGUGGAGCGGGGAGUUCUCCAUCGGAGUGGCCUACAAGAGCAUCAGCCGCAAGGGUAAGAACUCCUACAGUCUGCUGGGCUACAACGACAAGUCCUGGAGCCUACUCUGCUCUGACUCGGGCUACUCCGCAUGGCACAACAAGAUGGACAAAGACCUGCCAGAGGCCUCGCGGGCCACACGGAUUGGAGUGUACCUGGACUACGCUGCCAACACGGUGGCCUUCUACUCUGUGUCAGAGGCCAUGGAGCUGAUCCACAAAUUCAAGGCCCAGUUCUCUGAGCCUCUGUAUGCAGGCUUUGGAGUGGGCUCCUCUGUGUCCCUCUGCCAACUAAAGGAGAACCUCCAACCUUACUGAGCACGGUGAUAACAGACUGAGGGGAAUCUACUCAAUGUAAAUAGGACUACGUAA